CAGGGUUUAUUCGGGGAAUCCAGUGCUCGGAAUGGAGACGGCGAUGCUGUUCGUUCUGCUGGGUCUCGGCCUCUCGCAAGUCGAGUCUGCCACAGAUGGAUUCUGCUACUACCAAACAUCUUGCGGACCUACAUCCUGGCCUGUAACUUAUCCAACCUGCCAAGGCACUGAGCAGUCUCCUAUCAACAUUCAGAAAAACAGAACCAUCCGGGAUGAGCAUCUGGGAGAGUUUAAAUUCCAUCAGUACGACAAUCGACAAUUUCUCACCCAGAUUAAACACACUAAAAUGUCAGUGAAAGUCAGGGUGAAGCCCGGCAUGGAGCUGAGCGGCGGAGGGCUGCGGGCUGUCUACCUCGUCUCCCAGUUCCACUUGCACUGGGGGCAGAACAUCAGUGCCCAGGGCUCCGAACACAUGCUGGACGGCAAGCGGGCGAGCAUGGAGCUCCACAUUGUACAUCGCCAGAAAAACCUAACCCUCGAAGAAGCGUUCAAACAUCGACAGGGAUUGGCAGUCCUAGCGUUCUUCAUUGAGAUUGAAAGCGGAAUAGCAGAGGAUCCAGCCUGGAGGAACCUAACGAGGACAAUCAAAUACCUGAAGGAAGAUGGGGAUCACUAUGAUCUGAAUGAAACUGUCUCUCUCAUGGAUUUGAUCAACACUGUUAACCUAACGAAAUAUUAUCGUUACAAUGGUUCCCUCACCACACCAGAAUGCAAUGAAGUGGUUGUUUGGACUGUCUUUGAGGAAACCCAUCCACCUGAAUGCAUCACUGUCGAACGGGAACCCAGUGUUGUCCUCGCCCGCCGCCUCAAGAGGAGCGGAUAUCGGGCCCACGCUCGCCCGCCGGGGGGGGCACACACUGGGGUGACUCCACCCGCAGCAGCUGAUGGUUACCACCUCGGGCAGCGCCAGGCGAGGGCCUCUCUUCCCUCGUCCACCUGCUCCCCUCGCCGGCCUCUUCCUCGGCCCGUCUGA